GUUCAACAUGCCCCACGAUGACAACCCCAAAUGCAGGGAGGCAGGCAUGAAGCACCAGUACCACGUUAUGGCGCCCACCCUCAACUACGACACCAGCCCCUGGUCCUGGUCCAAGUGUAGUCGCAAGUACAUCACCGAGUUUCUGGAGUAGGUACCUCCCGCUCCGUCCCUUUUUCUACAAUUUGAAACACGAUGUUCAGGAUGCCAUCAUUCUCAUAAUGUACACAUUUUCACAGAUAUACAGAUCAUUUUCACAGAUAUACAGAUCAUUUUCGCAGAUAUACAGUUCAUUAUGGGCCCUAUUCAGACUUGAGAUAAGUUGACUCAAUAUAGACUUAAGUCAAAAAAAUGUGACUUAAGUCCAUGUUUUAUUUACUUAAAGUCUGUGUUAAGUCUACUCAAGUCUGAAUCGGGCCCUAUGACCUUUAGAGAUACAUGAGUCACUGUAAUAAAACAUUAUAAUAUCUUCCAUUUUCAUUGGAAAUGCAAGACAAAAAAAUAACACAAGCAAAAAGUGUUUGUAUUCUUGUGACAAUCUGGUAAGCAACCUCUGAGCAGUGUAAACUGUGUUAUUGCUUGGUGUGAGAGCGUAUUUCCUGUUUGAAGCAGGAGUCUUCCUGGGGUGACCUGAGCGAUUGAUCCUCCCCUGCUCCUCCUCUGUCUCUGCACUCAGGCAGAACCAGCUCUUGAGAUGCUGGACAAACAGUCAUUUAGUCGCUAGCGUGCUUUCCCCGCGAAAACGGUAACACGGGGCAACGGCUCAUUCAGUGGGCUCCAAAGCCAAGCGGUGGCCACCAACCUCUUCUGAAGGGCUUCCCUUUAAGAUGGGAAAUGUCAGUUAUAAUUAGAUUUUCCCUGGACGUGACCCUUUGAUCUCUCCUCCCGCUUUGUUGAUUGUGAGCCUCCACAAAAGGCUGCCUUGUUGAUGAGUUGUAUCUUGGGAAGCGAGCGGUCGCUCCCAUGCGAACACCUCGUAUCGAGGCUGUAAGGUCCCGCCCCGCCCCGCCACUGUGCUGUGCAUAGUUUCCUACCAGCGGAUGAAUCCAUCCAUCCAGCUUUGAGUGUUUGAAUUGAAAAAUGUGAAAAGCAAGAAAAAGACAACUCCUUUACAUUUUUUACUGCGGAAUAUUUUUGUCUGUAUGUCAGCUAUGUUAGGCAGGCUGAGUGUUCAAGCACUCGAUAUGUGAGCGAGAGAUAAAUGUAAAUGACUGUGAGUGAAACUUUCCAUGCUGCAUGAAGAAACAAGCUGAUUUGUUUAACAGUGGCCAUAUUUAUAAACAGUUCUGUGUGGCUGUGGAGAGGAGCGUAGGGUUCAGUGUGGAAGAGCCUCAGCGGUGGGAAAGGCCCCUGAGAGUGAGGCCCACUGCUUUUAAAGUCUGCAUGGCUUCAACAAUGAGGAGCAUUGAUCUAAACGAUACCUUCACUCUCCACUAAGCUGGCCUGGUCAAGUACAUCACUGUUUUGACUACCUAUUCUUCUCUGAGAGCUCUCUAAUGCACAACACUCUCCUGUCAACUUAAAUAUGGAGGGACACACUACCUCUCAACCCCUCUUCAGGAGCCAAACCCCCUCGUUCUUAUUUCUGUGUAUGUGUAAUAACGUGAACUCCCGUUGUGUGCACACCUGAGAGCUGAGUGGAAAGUGUCUUUGGUGUUCUUGUUGUUACUUUGUGUAGACUGUGAUAUAAAGACACCAUUCAUUCCGCUCCUGGCAGCCCGCCAACCGGAAUAAGCCACUAAACCUAUAUAAAGAUCAAAUUCUAAUCUCUCUGUGUUGCCACCCACUAAUUGAUGUGUACACCUGUGUUGAGAUCACAUAAUCAUUAAUACAGGCCAAGGCUAUACAUUUUCAUUCCAAUGCCAGACGCACACGUUGGGAAUGAUCCUAACCACACACAAACAUCAGAUGUCUCGCUAGUCUCAACCCAAAACAGUUAAAUCGUUUUCUCACGUUUUGUUAAAAAAAAUUAUACAAAAAUCCUCAAUUAAUUCAAGAUGUGUUUUCUGUGAAAAUGAUCUUUUGAUGAGUAUUUAUUUUCCAGUUAUUUCUGUGUUACAAUGGCAAUGACUGUUGUACAGUCAGGUCCAAAAUUAUUGGCACCCUUGAUAAAGAUGAGCAAAAAAUACUUUAUAAAAUAAACAAUACUAAUACUGAGCAAUGCUGUAUGCAAAAGAAAAGAUUAUGAAUAGAAUUGCUCAAAGAAAUAGAUUUUAUUUAACCGGUUAUAAACCAAAUUCUCAAAAAGAUACUUGUUAAAAUGAUUGGCACCCCUGUUUUCAAUUCUCUGGCACCCUCCCCUUGCUACGAUAACGGCACUGAGCCUUUUCUAAAAUAUUUAAUGAGAUUGGAGAACAUAUUAGGGGGGAUCUUAGACCAUUCCUCCAUACAUAAUCUUUCCAGAUCCUUGAUAUAAUUUGGUCUAUGCUUAUGGACUGUCGUCUUCAAUUCGAACUACAGAUUUUCAAUUGGGUUCAAGCCCGGAGACUGAGAUGGCCAUUGCAAAUUGUUGAUUUUGUGGACAAUCAUCUGUCCAUAGCACCGGUUCCAAUCAAAGUGCCAAUGCUGUUUAGCAAACUUCAGGCGUUUACAUUUGUUGGUGGCUCUCAAUCACAGGAGGUUGGUGGCACCUUCAUUUGGGAGGACGGGCUCGUGGUAAUGACUGGAGCAGAAUGGUAUCAAAUACAUCAAACACAUGGUUUCCAGGUGUUUGAUGCCAUUCCAUUUGCUCCGUUAUGGCCAUUAUUAUGAGCUGUUCUCCCCUAAACAGCCUCCUGUGCUCUCAAUACUGGUUUUUCUCAGUCAACCCUUCCAAAGAGCCUAUUGGCAUAGAGGUGGUGUCUAAUUGUAGAUUUGGAGACUUGGUGACCCUAAGAUAAGACCAAGUUCUGUCAUUCUCCAACUUUGACCUUUGGUCUUUUCUUUGCCUCCCAAUCCAUCUUCCUCACUGUGCGUGGGGGCCGUGCUCCCUGCCAUCCAGGACCUCUGUAUGUGUGUUAUAAACUACAUAAUCACACACACACAUAACACAAACACACAUACACACACGAAUACCGACAUAACACAAACACAUAUACACACGCAUACACACACACACAGACACUUUUUCACUCAUCAUUUGCUGCUGGUACUCUGUUCUUUAUUUUACUCUUAUUAUUAUCUAUCCUGAUGCCUAGUCACUUUACCCUGCCUUCAUGUACAUAUCUAACUUAAAUACCUCAUACCCCUGCACAUUGAUCUGGUACUCCCUCUUGUUUAUUUUAUUCCUACUGUGUUACUAUUUUUCUUUUAAUUAUAAUUUUUUAACUCUGCAUCGUUGGGAAGGGACCGUAAGCAAGCAUUUCACCCGUUGUAUUCGGCGCAUUUGACAAAUAAAAUUUGAUUUUUUAUUUUAUUUGACAAGAUAUACUUGCAUCUAAUACCAGGCAAGUUUGCCACUGUUUCGGUGGUUUUAAACUUCUUAAUUGUAGCCCUAAUAGUGGUAAGUGGUAUAUUCGUUUUUUUAGGUAUUAUUUUGUACCCAUUGCCUGAUUUAUGGUGGUCAACAACCAUUUCUCUCUUUUAGAUUUGAGUUAUUUGCCUUUUCCCACGGUGAUGGACGACAAACAGAUUUGACAUGCUUUACCACAUUUUUAUACCCCAGUGAAACAGUAAACCAUGGAAGGCCACAAUACAGUUCCUUAAACUGAGAUUAACUUUAAAAAGUUGAAUAUUAAUGCAUAUUUUAUUUAGUUUGAUUUUAUUUAUAAGAAUCUUUAGGGGUGCCAAUAAUUUUGACACCUAUCUUUUUGAGAAACAAUAUAUUAGUUGUUUAAAAAAAUCUCUCUCUCUGAGCAAUUUUAUUAGUAUAAAAUAGUAUAUUUUCCCAUUUAUUUUGAGCAUACAAUAUUGCUCAGUAUUUGUAUUAUUUAUUUUAUACAGUCUUCUUUAACCAUCUUCAUCAAGGGUUCCAUUUUGGACCUGACUGUAUAUCUCCCUAUGAAAAGGGGAAUCACUCCAGUACUGUUUGCAUUGAGUUUAAUCCAACUGUGUUUAAAAAAGCCUCCCAAUGGCUGCCACGUGUAGAACCUCUGUCGUUGCCAGAGGGGAGUCGUAUCGCCUGUCUCGGGCUCUGCUGAGUCCUCUAAAAAACAGCGUGCCUAAUCGGAAAAUGGCUGCUUUUUCCCUUCUAUCCGUCCAGUUUUUAAUCAUAGGCCCAUACGGUUUCUGGAGUUCUGAUUAGACAAUGACAACCUGGUGAAAGACGCUUGAAUAUGGGCCAUCAUCUCUUCUCAUUUUUCUGGACUCUGACAGAUAGACAGACCACUACCUUAUAGCUUUAAUAUGGGGCAUCUCUCUCUCUCUCUCUGCUUCUCAUGGCCCUAACGGACUGACUGACCCCAUCAUAGCUUUCAUCGUUUGUCUCUUCCCUUGCUCAUUGUUAGGCAAACUCAUUCCACCAAGCACUUGUAGUCUUUUUUGGAUACAAAACCAAUGGUUCCUUACAGUGUGUGUGGAAAUUAAAGAAAACCGCAACGGUUUCACAAGAUAAGCCCAGGUAAUUAUGGUCCUCCUCAUAUCAGCUGGUGGUGUACUGAAGUGUACACACACACACACACACACACACACACACACACACACACACACACACACACACACACACACACACACACACACACACACAAAACACACAUACACACACACACACUGUAGUCUGCAUGUAACAGGUGCCUGAGCUCCACACAGGGUACAAAUUGUAAGAGAAGUGUCGACAUGUCAUAUAAUUACACACAUUAUAGGCUACACUGUUUCAUCCCCAGUUUCUUUUUUGUUUUGUGUCGCAAAAUAAAUACAGAGGAAAAAUCUUUUGAGGAAUGGUUUACAUUUGGUGAAUGGUGUUUGACUACGUUUUGUGACCGUGCUUUUAACAUUGUCUAACGUUUAGUGCUUCAUUCAUUGUUUUGGGUAAAUAGCUCUACAUGCAGUACAUUUUAUCCAGCUGUGCUUUGUUGUCUUGUUCUGUGCUGUAGGGGUAGGGUGUGGCUGACACACAAUCUAUCAUUAUAAUAGUUAUGGUGAACUAGCCUGAUUUAUGCUAACGUUACAUAACUCAAUGAAGGUACUCCAAAUCCUCUGUUUUUUUUGUGCACAGAGAAAUGUCUGUUAAAUAAACAUGUGGAUGGGAUAGCUUUGUGUCUGUAUGGAAAUGCAGCUUUAUUCCCUCUGUAUGAUGGUGACGGCAUUAGCUAAUAUAUCAGGUCACUCAGGGGAAGUGGUGUCAGUCUCAAUGUUAGGUAACAUCACACAUCAGAGCAGACCACCCACAUGGGACAAGGUGCUGUGUACAUCUGAAUAUCAUCACCCCUGGAGAUGUUUGUGUUGCAAUUAUAAAUGUCAAAGAAGUUACACAUUGCCUACUUUCGUUCAUACAACUAUUGUAUGUAUCUUGACAGGAAGCUCUUGGUGUGAUGAUGCAGGAAGCAGAGCUGGAACACUCGGAUCACCUUAAUACACCUUUUACGCAUGUUUAUUUACUGUUUGUGUUUGUGUGUGUAUGUAUGUGUGUGUUACCUUCCACCUUUCAGCACAGGGUAUGGAGAGUGCCUAUUGGACGAGCCAGUGAGCAGAACGUACGAGAUGUCCAACCACCUCCCUGGUCAGAUUUACAAUGCCAACCGGCAGUGUGAGCUCAUGUUUGGCCCUGGCUCAAUGGUCUGCCCUUACAUGGUGAGCCAGGUUGCAUUCCUUUCCUCUCAACCAAGUGUCUCUCAGGGUAUUUCCCAAAUGGCACCCUGUUCCCUAUGGGUGUAGGCAAUUCCAUAGGGCUUUGGUCAAGUAGUGGACUAUAUAGGGAAUAUGGUGCCAUUUGGGAUGAGGCCUUAGUCCCUCUAUGAUCUACAAAAAAGUGUGCCCUCAACCAAACCCCCAUGGAGAAGGCUGUCAUAUGCUUCUAAGUUUCUAAUGUGUCUUGUCUGUGAUACGGUGUUGAGAUGAUGAAGUCAUAGCGUUACAUAGACAACACUGUAAGGCCCAGUCAGUGUUUUUCAUGAGCUGUCUGUAUGACGGACAGCUUUGGUGGUUUUAUGAGACAAUUAGCUUUUUUCAGGUUUAACAGACUGCUGGGAGGCAAGUUGAUUUCCUUCAGAGCAGCACACGUUCUCAUGUUGAACAUCCUUUAAGACUGACUGAGGAUGGAAGGAAGAAAUGGUUAUCUUGCCAGUCACUUACCCUGUGGGCUCGGCCCGCUCUCAUCUGGUUGGAGACUUCUGGAGUCAUGUUUAGCUAAUCUAUGGUGAUAGUAACAGCUGCCCAGGUGGCUGUAAAAGUUAGUGUGGUUUGGUUCCUAGUGGCUGAACUGUCCAUAAAGUCUGUUACACAUCUCACUGGUACAGUACACGUCUCCUGUCUCCUGUCUGACUGUCAAUAUUAGGGAUUUAUAGUUUAGUGUAAAACAUCUAAAUGAUUCUCCUGCAGUGGACAGUGGGAUUUUGUAACAGUGUUUAAUUCUUCCUUCCUCUCUCUGUCUCUCCCGUUCUCUCUCCAACAUGUCUCUCUGUCCAACGUGUCUCUCUCUCCCCCUUUCUCCCGCAUGUCUCUUUGUCCCCCUCUCUCACUCUCUCUCUCCACACAGAAACAAUGUAAGAGGCUUUGGUGUACGAGUGCUGAGGGGGACCAUAAGGGGUGUCGGACACAGCACAUGCCCUUGGCUGAUGGGACAGACUGUGGACAUGGA